GAUCAACGCAACGAUAACAUUGGAGGAUGUACGCCAGCACCUCGCGCACAGCACCAUGUUAACAGCUUUGCCUGUGACUCAAUCAGAGCGAGCGGAAGAAGACCAGGUGAUCAUGAUCGACGAAACAACCGCUAAAGUGAUUGCUGCGGAAAAACCAGUAAGCGCUUUCGACGGCACCAUCCGCUCUAGAGUUACCAUGGGCGAAUUAACCCGCAAGCCGUCGAAGAAGUGGGGCAAGCUCCUUUCCCUAUUCACAUCGCAUCCAAAUGUCGAUCUCACAGCCGAAUGUAUUACUGUGGGUCGUCAUUGGCGGUGUGUGGUGCAGUUGCUUGAUCCCAAUGUGAGCCGUUUGUUUUGUCGUCUGGUGCACGAGAACGACUCCGUGGGCAUUGAAUCACUCAGUCGCAACGGCAAGCUGUUUGUCAACAAUUCUCAGGUCAUGCCGUAUACUGGGAGAAAGAUUUUGGUCGGCGAUAAGAUAUCCAUUGUGGCUAGUUCAAGUUUCAGCUUCGUUUUCACGGGCGAUUUCGACUCCGAUGAUGAAGAGGCUCAGGCAACGACCCUUUCUGCGAUCGAGCAAAGGCGUAUAACGCAGGCCAAUGUCAGCGCGCCAAAGGCAGAUGGCAAAGCCGUGGCGGUGCCGCCAGCAGACACCAAAAGGAAUCGCAGGUCGUACAGCCAACAAGCUGUGGCCAAGGGAACCCCUGUAGUACAGGUAUCAAACCCAAGUAUACCGCCGAAUGCUAAAGAGUAUGACUCUCGAAGCAGAGACAAGGCUAGCGCAGAUACAGUCAAUGAGGCGCAGUCGGCCAAGAUGAAAGCGGACAAAGCAGACCAGGAAAUGCUAUACACCAAACUGCAAGACGCACUCAAGAUCGUCUCAGGCCUGUGGAAGGAACACUUCAAGGCGAAGAUGGUCAAGCCCGAGGAUAUCACGGAUGUGUCCUUUGCGGACUUCCCGUACUACAUAGACCCAAUGUUCAUGGAACAGUUGAUACAGAGUGUGUACAUCUACCUCAAGCACCCCGACUAUGUGGCGCAUACCGAGGGGCUCAGUACACUCAACCGUGUAUGUAUCUAUAUGUAA